GGCCACGGCUUGCGCAAUCCACACAAACAGUAACAGUCGUGUGACGAUGAGUUGAAAACAAUCCGGUGAUCAUUAAUUGGGAUGUGACACUUAUUUGUCGACUGGCGUGUUCUUUCUGCAUUACCAUACAGAUCUUCACCAAGAAUAAGCCAGAGCAAUGUCGUCUCUAUUUGGACAGCUGAAAACUUUGCUUUGGAGAAAUGUUCUCCUCAAAAAGCGGAACAAGAAACAGGUUUUCCAGGAGCUGUUUUUCCCAAUAUACUUUGUCCUGAUCCUCUCUUUGAUCAAAACCUUUGCGAAGCCAAGUACGACUCCUCCUACUCCGGAAUUCCCGCAAUACAAUCUUGCAGACCCACGCUUCGUCUUCAACACCAACAGAACCAUUCUUGUGGCACCAAACACAACAGAAGUCAAGGAUAUUAUUGCCAGUGUCCAAAGUUACAUUGGGAGCCUGAAUGUGGUCUACAGGGCCACGGAAGCUGAAGCAGUAGCUCUGUACAAAGCAUCUUCAGCUAAUGUUUCAGCUGGCAUUGUGUUCAGUGACACAGGAGAUAAUCCAGUGUAUUCAAUACGAACAACCUACGAUGAAGACCUUCUUAGUUCUAGCGUGUUCACUGGCAAAGGGGAAUGCCUCAAGGCUGAUCAGUCUGCAACAGAUUCGAACUGCAAGGCCAACAAAUAUCUCACAAGUGGAUUUGCUUGGCUUCAGCAUGCCAUUGAAGCUGCGUUUAUCAAGAGAAAAAAUGCUUCUUUCCCUCUGCCUGAAGUGUAUGUCCAGAUGAUGCCCAAGGAUGAGUUUACGAGUGAUAUUUCGUACAUCCAGACCCUGUCGUCUGUCUACUUUGUUAUGGCGUAUUCGUUCUUCGUGAACUUCCUCACUGUCAACAUAGUAGCGGAGAAGGAGAAGAAGAUACGAGAAGGAAUGAAAAUGAUGGGUCUGAAGGACUCUGUAUUCUGGCUAUCGUGGGGUUUGACUUACACUCUACUCAUCGCCGUGGUAACAGCUAUCAUCACUGUCAUUGCUUACGGGUUCCAGUUCUUCGGCAGAAGCAGUAAUCUGUUUAUCUUUUUCCUGUUGAUGCUGCUGUAUGGGAUCUCCAUAAUCAACCUGGCGUUUGCAGUCACGCCGUUCUUCCGAAAGGCACAGGUAGCAGGCAUGGUUACAAGCUUCGCCACCAUAGCAAUCAGUUGUCUGUACUUCGCUGUCAGCAUGACAAGGGACAUAACUCGUGAUGGCUAUCACUACAAUUUUGCUCCAGGAGGAAUCUGGGCCAUUUGCCUGCUGUCUCCAGUUGCUUUAGCCUUGGGCAUAGACCAGGGGAUUUACCUGGACACUGCGAAGGGAGGAAUGACAUUUGCCAACAUGUCUGUGGGGGAGUUUCCACUGUCUGGACCCUUCAUCAUGCUUGUCGUAGACAUCGUUUUGUAUGCGGUGAUAGCUGUCUACCUUGACCAUGUGAUCCCCGGUGAAUAUGGCCCUCGAUAUCCCCCCUGGUAUUUCCUCAUGCCAUCCUACUACUGUAAAAAGAAGACAAAUAAGAACCCAGAGUUAUCUGCCCUUACAAGUAAUGAUCAUCAUAGUGUCAAUGGCGUCAACACAUCCGUCAGUCCUGAUAUCGAACCUGUGCACCAAGAUCUCAAGGACAAGGCAGGGGUCAGGAUCUUCAACAUUUGUAAAGAUUUUCCAUCAAAGGAUGAAACAGUCCAUGCUGUCCGAGGACUCUCCCUUGACAUGUAUGAAGGGCACAUCACAGCCUUGCUGGGCCACAAUGGUGCAGGGAAGACAACUCUCAUCAACAUGCUGUGUGGAUUAACUCCCCCUACUAGUGGUACCGCUACUAUCUACGGCCUGGAUGUUUCCGACAGCAGCGACAUGGAGCGUCUCCGGUCCAUGUGUGGGGUGUGUCCACAACACAACAUCCUGUACGAUACACUUACCACCAAGGAGCAUCUCAUGGUGUUUGCUGGAAUCAAGGGUGUUGCAGAAAAUAUCAGGGAGGAAGCAGUGACCAGGGCUAUGAAGGAUGCUGACAUAUAUGAUAAGGCUGAUACUUUCGCCAAGAACCUCAGUGGAGGACAGAAAAGAAAACUGUCUGUUGCUAUGGCACUCAUUGGAGACCCGAAGAUAAUCUUCCUGGAUGAACCAACUGCUGGGAUGGACCCUUUUUCACGACGUCAUCUGUGGUCACUCCUGCAAAACAACAAAAAGGGCCGCAUCAUCUUGUUGACAACCCAUUUCAUGGAUGAAGCAGACAUAUUAGCAGAUCGCAAGGCCAUCGUUAACCAUGGCAGUCUCAGAUGCCUAGGGUCGUCGUUGUUUCUCAAGAACAGAUUUGGAAUUGGAUACCAUCUGAACAUGGUGGUUGAGCCUGACUGUGAUGCGGAAAGGGUGACCUCUGUGCUCAGUGAGCAGGUCAAAGGCGUCCAGGUCAAACGGUCCCAUGCUAAGGAGUUGGCCUUCACCUUGCCCCUCCCCGAAGUUUCCACCUUUUCCAAUAUGUUUGCAUCACUGGAGCAGAAAGUUGAUGGAACAACUCAGGCCGAAAAACUUGGUAUCAAGAGCUAUGGUGUUUCCAUGACAACAUUGGAAGAAGUAUUCCUCAAAAUUGGUGAAGACGCUGAUGAAAAUAAUCAUCCUGUACAUGGAUUUGAAAAACCUAGCUAUGAUAGCUGCAUCCAGGAACCCACUCAGCAUGUGCUUUCUGACACUCCAAGUCAAGUUAACAUAGAGAUGAAAGAACAUGUGAAUCCAACUCUCAGUUCGGCCAAUACACCCACAGUCGAAAACCUGACGUCACAGCGAUUCUGGGCAUUAAUGAAGCUUCGUUUCCUAAUCAUCAUUCGGAAUCCUUUGUCUGUUAUCUUCCAAAUCAUUCUUCCGAUUGUCUUUGUGGUGGUUGGCUGUAUCCUCAGUACCCUCGGCAAGACUACUGAAGAUGGCUCCAAUCCGACGCCAGUGUCCUUGUUCGCAACAUCAGCCACGUAUGCUGCUGGUCCUAUGGCAGUUAUCGACUCUCAAGGUAAUGCCGAUUCUGCAGUGUUUAUCUCCAAAACAAACGAGACUUGGCGAGUAGAUGAAAAUCUCAACAUGAGCCUGUUGUUAUUCCCAAACCACGUCCUUGGCUUCAACCUCCAGCAAUAUCAGCAGUCGAGCAAUGACAUCAACUACACAGCAUUGUACAACACCACCGCAGUCCACUCACUCCCCACCAUCAUCAACAUCAUGUCCAACACCAUGUACAGUUUAAUAAGUGGGGGCUUCAACAUCUCGGGGAGCAGUCUACUGUGGCCGUCCCUCUCCAAUAAGCUUAAAUACAAUGGAUCAGCGUUUUCGGCAACAAUGGUUCUGGCUCUUGCAUUUGCUGUUCUCUCUCCAGGGUUUGCUGUGUUCCUAGUGAUAGAGAGACAGAACAAAACCCGAGGACAACAAAGGGUGGCUGGCAUCACCUUCAAUAUGUACUGGGGUUCCUUGUUUAUGAUAAAUUGUUGUGUGUUUGUCAUUCCUGUGAUUAUCUGCAUCAUCAUUGUUGGAGCAGUGCCGGUACCGUCUCUGAAUACUGCUGGGGCUAUGGUGUCACUCGUACUUCUGUUCAUCACCUACAUCCCUGCCAACAUCCUCGUCGUGUACACCUUCUCCUUUGCCUUUAGUGCAUACGAGACGUGUCAGGCAGUGCUGCCUAACAUCAUGAUAUUUAGUACAAUUUUGCCCUACAUCGCUGUGUCACUUGUAGACAUGCUGGGCUACCCAGAUGCAGCCACUGCAAUCCAUUACGUCAUGACAGUUAUCAACCCACUGUACAGCCUGAUAGGAGGCCUGUACUACAUCGACAGGAUUCACAGAGUAUCCCUCAUCACGAGGACUGAUGCUGAAUUCGGGAUGUACUUCAAAGGAGAAAACAACAUCUUGAUUGCAAUCUUGAUGCCCAUUGUCCACUGCUUGUUGCUAUACUUGUUGCUGAGGGUGCUGGAUGUACGAAGCACUGGAGGCAAAUCCAAGGAGGCUUUAAACUGUCUCCAGAAAUCCAAAGUUAAUGACAUCCCAGAGGAUAACCAGGACCUCAUCGAUGAAGAUGAAGAUGUUGCUGAGGAGAGAAGCAGGGUUAAUUCUCUUCGAACAGGAGCACAGGACGCUCCUGUAGCAUAUGUACAGAACCUUCGGAAGGAAUUUUCUAAGGACGUCAAAACAUUCUGUCAAAAAACUAAGCAAAAGACCAACGUGGCUGUGAGGAAUGCAACGUUUGCUGUAGACAGUGGUGAAGUGUUUGGACUCCUGGGUCCUAAUGGUGCUGGCAAGACCACUACUCUCAAUAUGGUCACUGCUGAGACGGGGCCAACCAGAGGAAAGGUUAUGGUGGCUGAAAACAAUGUACGGUCAAGUAUGUCGUCUGCUUUCCAAGCCAUGGGCUACUGUGCCCAGCAUGAUGCAUUAUGGGACAACAUCACUGUACAUGAGCACCUUGAAUUCUAUGGCAUGAUCCGUGGCCUGAGAAAAGAAGACAGUGUCACCAUGGCAGACAACUUGAUAGAAUCUCUGAAGGUUCAGGAACACGCCAAGAAAGGAGCCAAGAAGCUCUCUGGAGGAACAAAAAGGAAGCUGAGCUAUGCCAUCAGCAUGCUGGGCAGUCCAGAAAUCGUGCUGCUUGACGAACCUUCCACUGGGAUGGACCCUCAGUCCAAGAGAUUCCUGUGGGAUACAAUCAGCGCGAGUUUCCAGGGCACCAAGCGGGGUGCCAUCCUCACCACCCACUACAUGGAGGAGGCCGAUGCUCUCUGUUCCAGGGUCGCUAUCAUGGUCAAUGGAAGGAUGGAGUGUCUGGGGCCAACACAGCAUCUGAAGGACAAAUAUGGUAGUGGCUACCUCCUGGUGUCUGGGGGGUCUGACAUUGAGACCAGGAUGGACAGUUUGGAGAGACACUUGGUGUCUCUGUUUCCACAGGCCUCCUGUCUGGAGAGAUUCGAGGAACGAGGACAGUACAAGAUACCCAAGGAUGAUGUCAAAUCCUUAGCAGAAACUUUCUCCUCCCUUGAACAAACUAAGCAUACUCAUGAUGUGGAGGAGUACAGUUUCAGUCAGUCAACCUUGGAACAGGUGUUCCUGGACUUUGCCAAGAAGCAGGUUGAAGAAGGAGAAGAAGAGGAUUUGCCUAAGUCUCUGAACAGACAGCUGUCGGCUGGGGAGGAGACAGGGACAGCAUCAACCGCGGCAAUCGAGACGUCAACUUGCGCAUGUAAAACAAGAUCAAUUGAGUUCCAUAACAUCUUAGUAUUGUGAUACAUUUCAAGUUUGGAACAUUCAGCAAGCAUUUAGAAGUCUUUUUUGUAUUCCUGUUUGUACAAUGCAGUCAUGAAUUCUUACCUCAGAAGAAUAUGUAACAUGACAGAUGGGGACAGGUAUAUUCAGGUGCUCUUUAUGUUGAAGUGUCAUUCUUGCUGACAACUAUAUAGAUGUACAUGUCAGCAUUAGUCAGGGCCCUUAUUCUCGAAACGUUCGCAGCCCAAAGAAUAUGUAACUUGGAUUGUAGCCAAUUUGUUAAGAAUGGGUUUAAGAAGUUCGUAGGGCUACGAACGUUUCGAGAAUAGCUAGUCUGGUUCUCAAACCCUGGAGAAUUUAUUCAAAACUGAGCCCAAAUCCAGUCUACAAUGAUUUAGCCAGUAUAGAUUGCCUCAGCCUGCAAUGAAGCAUUCUUCUGGUCUCGUUUUAAUUACCACCAGAAAAAUAAGUUUGAUGAAAGUGUACUCCAUACAUAAGCAGCCCCCUUUCUACAGACUGAUGUUUUUAGUCCUCAAAAUUCAGCUUAUCUACGGUCAUAUAUAGUGUAAUUUUUUGUGGAUAUAUUUUUAACUGAGAAAACUUUUUUUUCUCGGACUACAUGUUGAACAUCUGUACCAAGUCCUAUAUUCCAGGACAAGGCAAUAAAUGUCCAUAGUCCCUAGGAUGUCAGUUUAUGUUAGUAAAUACUAAAUAUUAACAGUAAUAGUACGGUCCACGUGACUUAAACUCAGCACGUACCUGACAACAUUUUGAAGGAUGUAUGUGUUCUUUGUAUCAUUGUAUCAACAUAAUCAGUGUAUAAUCGCCAUUAUUGAGUUGCAUAUCACGCCUGGAAUAUAUAUAAUAUGUAUGAUAGAAUAUAAAUAACAGUUUCCAUGGUUACAUGCAUGUAUGUACUGGGAGGCACAUUAGCAAAUCAACAGAAAUCAUUAGUGUAGAACCAUGAUCUUGUCACAGCUUUAUUGAAAGUGAAAUAAUCUUGAUGUUAUCAGUUUACGAUUUAACCUUAGACUUUGAGAGGACCAUUAAGAUGUGAUAAAUGUUACUUGUUUGUAGCUUUAUGUUCAGGCAUUGAUGCUUGUCUCUUCCAUUCAGGGAAAAAUUAUAUUUGAACAAACAUCCUGUCCACAAAACCGAAGGGUAUUCUAUAUAGUUGGUACCUAUUUUCUAUAUUCACGUUGUGAAUUAAUAGUUUAAACACAUUUUUAGAUUUUGUAACCACUUUUGAAUCUUAGACAACAGUGAUGUUAGCUCCAGUUCCAGUCAUGUUCCAUUGUAAUCUAUGACAGACUCAUCCAUGAAACUGUAUCAGUGUAACCUAAAAAUAUUAAAAGCUGUAAAAACGGUCACAGCAACUGCGAAAA